AUGGAUUAUCUGCCGUCCAUGGCCUCCCUCUCCGGGCUCUACCUGUACCUCCUCUCCUCUCGCCACCUGCCCGCCACCUCCCCCGGCGGCGCCGCCACCGAGAAGAGCCGCUCGUUUCACCUCCUCGCCCUCCUCCGCGGCUGCCUCCUCCUCGUCUUCCACGCCCUCUUCUUCCUCCUCCUCCGCUUCCACUCCCUCUACCGGGUCAUCGUCUGCCAUAAUUUCUCCCCCCCUCCCUCCAUCCUCCAGGCGGAGCGCCCCCCCCCGCCGCCGGCUGCGCCACCGCUUGGGCUCUCCGGAGACGAGGGGAGCACCUACGCCGGCCGCGCCCUCUCCCACCUCCUCACCGUCGUCACCCGCAUCCCGGCGAACUCCCGCAAGUACGAGCUCCUCCGGGGCCUCGCCGACCGCCUCCUGGAGGAGAACCUCCUCUGCGGCUCCGCCGCCGCCGCCGCCAUCGGCGGCGCCGCCCUCGCCCACGCCUUCUCCCGCACCACCCGCCGCCUCGAGGCGGCGGCGGCCCGCCUCCAAGGACCCGGGAGGAGACCAGACGGGUCAAUGGAGGGAAUCCUCACCGGCGUUCGCUCCCGGCUGAGGCGGUGGGUCGACCGGCCGGAGGAGAAGGCCUCCGCCGCAACCGCGGCCGCCGCCGGCGACGGCGACGACGGAGCAGAGGACGCGGCGGAGAAACUGGCGGCGGAGGCGCUGUGGCUGGCAGAGAAGAUGGCUGCCUGCGGCGCCACUGGCGAGGCGGUGGCGGCGUGGGGCGCGGCGACGGGCCUGGCAAGGGCCUCCCUCUCCUCCUCCCCGCGGCUUCAAGCUGCCUUGGUCAGAAUAUCAGGUUAGAAAUCGUACCAGCCAUGAUCAUUCCGCACAAGCAGGUGGCUAACUCUUCUUCUUCUUCUUCAUCUGGCAGCGUUUCUCCUGCGGCAGGACGAUGGCGGGGAGGUGGGGAGGAUGGAUAUGGCGGCGAUGUGGCUGCCGCUGCUGUGCCGGGCAAGCCCAGCGGCGGUGGGCGGCGGGGAGAGGGCGGGGGUGGUGGCGGCGCUGGAGGGGAUCAUCGCCGGCCUCAGCUGGGGGCAACAGGAGGAGAUGCUCUCCCUCUGGCUCCACCACUUCGCCUCCUCCCCACACUCGGACUGGCCGGAUCUCCAGCCCUGCUACGCCAGCUGGUACGCCGCCUCACGGAAGCUCCUCCUCCUGCAUGAAGAAACCCUGCAGAAGGGAUCGACGACACCCGAAGGCAUCCGCCUACUUCCCGCCGAUGCUUCUUCCACAUAA